GAUGAUAAGGAAUAUACAGCAAUGUUGUCAGCUGUUCGAUUAGAAACGUCAAUGGGAUGUUUACUUUUUUAGUGUUUUUCAAUUGCUCACUGGAGUAAAGUUAAAUAUUUAAGUCUUCACGAAAUGAAUACAAUACGUCCAUGUGGUUGCAAAGGUGUGCGCACCUGCUUACAAUGUGAGCAAGACUUCAAUAUCCAAAAGUCUUCACUUCAGGAACAGCUGCAACAGUUACAAGCUUAUUCUUUUUGCCCCUUAUGUGAGAGGCUCUUUGAAGGUUGGAAUCCAUGGGAAGUGCGUGAAAAACAUCCGCUACAUAAUGGUUUGGAAGGACUACCAUUUCCAGGAAUGUAUGUAAAGGAACAGUUUCUAAAUGCAAAAGAGGCAGAAAUGUUGAUGAAGAGCCUAGAUGCAUUACCCUGGGAUAUAUCCCAAAGUGGGCGACGCAAACAAAAUUUUGGUCCCAAAACCAACUUUCGUCAACGAAAAAUAAAAAACGGCAAUUUUAAUGGUUUUCCAGCAAGCACACAAUUCGUACAAGAACGAUUACGUGAGAAUGCUUUACUGCGAGAUUUUCAAACAAUUGAGCAAUGUUCUUUGGAGUAUGAUCCCUCAAAGGGGGCUUCCAUUGAUCCACACGUAGAUGAUUGCUGGAUAUGGGGCGAACGCGUAGUGACAGUGAAUUGCCUUGGCGAUGCAGUGCUCACGCUCACAGCCUUCGAUGCAACUCCAACACCUAAGAAAUAUAAUUUGGAUUUAGUGCCUCAGUAUGAGAAGAAAUUACUAUUGCCAUUAAUGGAGAAGAAAGAAUUGGAUGCAUUUAAAAGAAAAGUAAUACGAGUCGCAAUGCCAAAUUUGUCUCUUAUGGUGAUGUACGGUCCAGCACGCUUUCAGUUUGUGCAUUCUGUAUUACGUGAAGACAUCAAUACAAGACGAGUAUGCAUUGCUUACCGUGAAUUCACGCCAAUGUAUAUUGACGGUGAUGACAAAGUUAAGGGUCAAGAAGUAACACAAAAUGCGCAAACAUUCUGGUCGGAUAAGUACGGAGCAAGAAUUGAAGUGAAAUAGAAAACAGAUUUUAUAAAUUAAAAUUAAACCUUUCCAUAAUAAAUUUAUUUUACUUUAUUGCCAAUGA